AAUAUCGAGCCAUUAACGUUAAACAUCGAGCCAUUAACAUUUAAUAUCGAACCCUUAAUGUUUAACAUCGAGCCAUUAACGUUUAAUAUCGAGCCCUUAACAUUAAAUAUCGAGCCUUUAACGUUUAACAUCGAGCCAUUAACGUUUAAUAUCGAGCCAUUAACAUUAAAUAUCGAGCCGUUAAGGUUAAAUAUUGAGCCGUUAAUGUUAAAUAUCGAGCCGUUAACGUUAAACAUCGAGCAGUUAACGUUAAAUAUCGAGCCAUUAACGUUUAAUAUCGAGCCAUUAACGUUUAAUAUCAAGCCGUUAACGUUAAACAUCGAGCAGUUAACGUUAAAUAUCGAGCCAUUAACGUUAAAU